CUUGGAACGUGCUUUGUGAAAAAUUCCGAUUAAGUAACGGCGAAUAUGGCGUGUUCUAAAAUCGUGACUCUACUACUGGUGUGUCUACUGAACGGCGUGCUGUGCAACCCUGUACGUCGCUCUCCUGACCUGGAAGCACGUCGUAGAAGUGCUAUUGAUAGGAGUAUGAUAAGGUUCGGCCGUUCAUAUCCUCACGAAGCGACAGCUGCUGAGAUCAGAGAAUCAUUGCAGCGUCCAGCUCGUCGUGGCAACAGUUUUCUACGUUUCGGGAGAUCCCAACCUCUCACUUUCACCACAGACGACCUUAUAACUCUCCUCCGCUCCUACGAAGAGGAUAACGAUAGCCCUACCAAGCGUGUCUCCAACUUUAUCAGGCUCGGCCGUGACCCUAAAUUCAUCCGUCUAGGCAGGUCUGCUGAUGAAGAGAAGACUUACGAACAGAAUACCGACCUUUAUGUGAAAGGAUACCCGGAAAGGAAGAGCCGAGCGAGAGAUCAUUUUGUCCGACUUGGUCGUGAUAGUGAAGAUCUUAAUGAGACUGAGGAAGUUCUAGACGAAAGAAGGAAGAGGUCUCUUGAAUGCGACGACUGCCAUUAAUUCCCCUGCUAAUGCAACCGUGACGUCA